CCCCUACCGUUUUGAGCUUUUCGGGACGAAAGGAGGCCGGCGCAGGCGGCGCCGCACAACCACCGCCAGAGCUCGUGCGCCUUCCCCGCUACAGCUCGGUCCCAAGGCACAUCCCGCUCGCCGCUCGCAGCGCCCGCACCAUGGCGGCGGUCGUGAGCUGGUACGGGCCGCUCAUCGACCUCUCGGCGGCCGCCGGCCAUGUCGGCGGACUCGUGCAGCUGCUGGCGUCCGUUCGCCGUGUCCUCCCCCACCAGGAGCAAAAUGCCGCAACCGGAAGGACGUACGAGAGAGUCAUACUAGAAGUUGGUGACGACACGAGGUCGAGCUUCUCUGUAUCUCUAUGGUCCAACAGUACUAGUUCGACCAUAGUGGCGGGCGACGUUUUACUGUUGCAGAAUAUUAAGAUAGUAGAAUUCAGAAAUGGCUUGGAGGGGAGAGCUACUCAGACAUCUGCAGUCCAAGUAUUGCUGAACUCUAAAGAUUUAACGCAGCCCGAAGGGAUUGGUGAACUAAUAAUUAAUUGUAAAGUCGGGGCUGCUACAAGAUCGAAGUUAAGAAGACUGUCAGAGUGGAUCUUACACACCAAACGUGCUUGCACGGAAAAUCUUCAUCAGGUGAUGUUGAAGAAUUGGAAAGAAAAAGCAGAAAAUAAUUCAGCAGACUUGUCCAUCUCAGAACUAAUAUCUCAGAGCAAACCAUGCAAUUUCAAUAUUUCUGCUUCUAUUGGAAAAAUCGUAUUAAUGGGUUCUCUUACCCCCUUGAAGGAGCAAUUGACAGUAAUCGAGAAACUUUCUUUGAAUGAACAUAAUGAUAUUGUCAGAGAUUUCAUUACUACUGGUUGCAAGUUAUGUGGUUUACCUCUAUACCGAAAAAACCUUCAUGGAGACAGUACUUGUCCAAUUGAUUGUCCAGAUAAUCCUAAGUAUGUCCACGCUGUUGGCCAGAUAUACAAACCAUUCAUGAUCUAUGUGCGAGACCAAUCUGGACAGGUUCCUGUGCUUGUGAGGAAUAAAGUUGCUGAGACCUUAUUUGGAAAUAUUAUCGCAGAUGAUGUGUCUGAAUGCUACAAGAGCCGCCACUGCAUGCUGUUAGAAACUUGUGAAUCUGGCAGCCCAAGCACUUCUAGGAUGCUAGAUGGCACUGGCAAGAUAGGGAUUACUAAAAGGAAAAGAACCGGAAAAAAGCCAGAUUUUCAUCUUAUUUGGCUCAUUUUAGUGAAAUGCCUUCUGAACCCAGGCAAGAACAGUCCAUUCUGUUUCCAGAUUUCAGUCAGCCCCGAGAAGAAUGUUGAGAAUGGCCGAUUUGAACUAGUCUCCUUGACAAUGCCAAUACCAAGAGAGGGGAAUGUUUCCUCUACCACAUAUGUCAAUUCAAAUUAAUUGCAACUUGCUUGUACAGAAGGAAUUGAAAGUCUUAUUUUCACAGGCGAUUUGCUGAUCACACUGGAGGAACUUUGCUAUUCUGAUGGUUUGCACAGUGACAUGGUUGCAAUGACAGGACCAUUAGACUAGUAAUCUUCAGUUUGAGCAUGAAUGACUAAGCAGAAACUAGACCUGGCUCGCUUGGCAUCGAUACAAUACUGGACAGAGUACAUAGCCAGGUGAAACAGAGGUCAAGAAGUGACGCAGUAUGGAUCUGUACCCGGAUCGGCUCUGAGAAACAUUAUUUCAGUUCUGGUCUUUUGCCAGCCUGCAAAGAAAGCUGAGCUUUCCCUCUCCUCUCCUGCAAAAAAGUUGUGCUGGCGAUGUACUACCAUAGCUGGCUGAUGCUUACAGUUUCUAACUAAUACUGGAAAAGGAUAGGCCAUGUCUAGAACUCAGCUAAAUGUGGAUCAGCACUAGCUUGUGAUGCCUGGUAUACAAUAAUGAAGGUCCUUACGUGAUUGAUGAGAAGAUUAUGAAGUGUUGUAUUUGCUAAAUCAAUAUCGCUGAUUCAGUGCUCGUGGCAAACUAGUUAACUCAUGUUUUCUCUCGCCUUUAUCUGACUAUCUUUUGGAAUGCAAACGUUUUAAGAAAAUGGAGUUGUGAAGAACUCAUUAAUUUUCCAUCCAAUGGCAGAUUGCGAAGAAUAGAUGGAUCAUGGCGGCUUGGCAAUCCUAUUGGAAGAUCCCUAGUGAAUGAAGGAAAGGAAACAAAAAAAAAUGCAAUGUGGCUGAUGAAGUUUGAGUGAUGUGAAUGGAGACAAAACUGAUUAGUACAUUUUAGCGUUUGACUUGUAGGCGUUGGGUUGCAGAUGCUCAAAUGAUCCACAUGCAGUUAGUACGCAAGCAUGCAAUCCGUUAACUGAAUUUUCUAUCAUAUACAGCUAGAUAGUACGUAGAGUCUGGCAAUGCUGUCAUGUUUAAGAUCCGGCUAGAGUUACUUGAACCUCAUCUCUACUGUUCGUGACGAGAUUGUGAGUCGCGUUGCGUACGUGCUAUAAGCCAAGAAACGAUCUGGAAAUAGACAAGUUGUACGAGUGGCCAAAACUGUGUGGGCUCCCAUAUCUAUGACUUAAUAGUAUGUGGCUAUAUGUAUCCUCGUGUGUGGCGUGCUGUUGGAUGCUAGCCCGAAAUCUAAUAAUUCCCGCUUUCGCUGUUGUAUCCUAGUCCAAAAACCAAUAGUUCUCGCUUUGUCAUUUCCUUUUAUAUGAUUGGUGCAGACUGCUAAGAUCUCAGUUGGUUAGAACUCUCUGCUCAAGAAAGGAACACAAGGAAGAUUUCACAAGCUCGAAACUCGUUGGCCUCAACGUUGAGGAAAGCAGCCGAGAGACUCCUUCAAAUUCUGAUGGCGAUCCUCAUAUCUUGUGUUACCUCCAAAGCCUUGGCGCCAUACAUUCCAGAGGUUUCUCGGCAACGACGGGGCACGGGUAUAUCUGUAUCAGUUCAACGCCGGCAAACCCUUGUCGGCUUAACCAUGAAGUCUUGGGGCAUCAACCGUGUUCAGCCGAUAAGAAGAGCAACACA